UUUUCCCCCAAAUUUAUCAAGGGUUUGUUCUUCCUAUCUAUUGCAUCUAGCCUAUAUUCAAAUCUUGAUAAUACAAACACAAAGAUUUCAACAAGUAUGAUGUCGUUGGGUUUGUCAUCUUCAUCGUCACUCUUCUCUAAACCAUUCAAUGGAACCACCAAAUCUUCUACUUACCGCUUCAGAGCUUCUUCAGAUGUUCCUGACUUCCUUUCUGUCGAUUGGCUGGAAUCUCGCAGGAAGAGACCAUUUGGUCCAAGAUUAAGUUUUAAUGCAGAAGAAUGUGUACAGUACCAACUUGAUGCCUUGAUGCUUAAUGACCAACCGCGUCCAGAUUAUGGGGUCGAAGUCAUGUAUAGGUUUGCUGGAUUUGAUCCUUUUGAAAGGUCUCUAUAUUUCGGGCCUUCGUUUGAUUUGGGACAGUUUGAACGGUUUAGACGAAUUUUCCAUCAUUCAUCAUACCGAGUUUUACUGAAUCACAAGGAGAGAAAGAUCUUAAGCACUUUAAACGUCGAGGAGAAUCGUUACAAGCAACGGGUUUGGAUACGAGGAGCUAGGCCCGAGGAAGAAGAAACAUUUCAGUUUACCAUGGUUCAGAGGGUUGGUGGAUUUUGGGAUGGUUAUUGGCUUACAGAAUCUCUUCACCACGACGGAGAUAGCUUUUCCGGCGGGGUGGCGUACUGAAGAAACAAGCAUGAGAUAGGGUAGUGGUAUUUUUGUGAAUAAGAGCUUCAACUUUCACUACCUGUAUAAAUUAUACAUAAUUAGUGUGUACAUAUAUGUUGUCAUGUGUACAAAUAAACUAUUUAAAGCCAACAUAGAUCCAUGUAUAUUUGAAGAUGUAAGCUUAGCUUUUAUCUAAACUGGUAGAGAUUAUCGUUUUAUAA